AUGUUAGUACUUUUCGAAACGCCAGCAGGCUAUGCGAUCUUUAAGGUAAGUGCCUUGCCUCUAAAUAGCGAAAUGAUUUUCUUUUUUACGGCGAAAUCUGGCUCGCUUUGCAGCCGAAAACCUUUGAGUUCUUCAUUCCAAACUUAAACCAAGUUUGGCUCGAAUCGUGCUGAAAUCUUGAACUUUGCUUCUUCAGCUCCUCGAUGAGAAGAAAUUACACAAAAUCGAUAACCUGUACAAGGAUUUUGAAACACCAGAUGCCGCUAGCAAAGUGUAAGUACCGUCUUUAUAUCUAAUGAUCUACGUAUCUCUUUCAAUCGAUCUACGUACUAAGUUUAGUUGCAAUUUUAAACCUUCUGAUAUAAGUUGAUUUGUAUUUCAGGGUUAAAUUGAAGCAUUUUGAAAAGUUCAAUGACACAACGGAAGCCUUGGCAGGUUAGUAGACUACGUAGAAAAUAUAAUGUUUGCAAUAGCAUUAUGUUAUUUUGACUGCUCAAUUAACCCCAACUCCCAGAAGGAUGAACAUUUAACUACUCCUUAUAAUAUUCAUACAUUAUCCAGCAGACAGGUCUUGAUAAUAUUCAAACUUAUGGAGUAGUUGUUUUUAUCUUGAUCUAACACUAAAUCCAUGUAACUAACUUCCUAGGAAAUGAGUAGCAGCUAGAGGGGAGGAAUAACAAUCAAAUCUUUGGAGUUAAAGGGUUAAUUGCCAUUUAUAAUUAUGGUAAUUGGGGUUGUCAGUAAAUUAAAUUUAGGCUGUUAUACGGUGAGCUUGUCGAGCAAGCCAGCUAAUCUUGAGGGUAUAGAAAAUCCUGAUGCAAUGUAUUUUAUUAUUGUGUACAGGAUGCUAAUUCAAUCAUUUACAUUAAAACUAACUCUCUAUGUAGAAUGGCAAAGUUUACCAUGUAUUUGUCUGUAUAACUUUGUUUCAAGGGGUAUGGCUAAAUUCUUUCCAAGGGGGGUCUAGGCCAGUAUUAAGGAUAUGUAACAGAUCAUAAUGCUGACAUCUGAAUUUUGUUUUACUCAUUGACAUUUUUUUUUUUUGGAUAAGCAGUGAGCCUUGUGGUAUGGCUGAGGCCUGCCAAAGGCUCACUGCUAAACCACUGAACACGGGUUAAUAAUUGGGCAACUUUCAAUCAAACUUUAGGUACCAAAAGUUUUUACUUCUUACCAUGGUAACUAAAAUGGUUGUAGCUUGGAGCUGUGGUACCAAACCAAAGAUUAUGAUAUAAUGACCAAUGGAAUGGUUGAUCAGGAGUCUGAUGCAUUGACCAUGGGGUUACUGUAUCUUUAAACCCCUUUACACCUUAAUAGCAGUAUACAUAUUCUCCAUUCUGUUCUCUAAACAUUUCCUUAGAUGCCAGUAUGGAGAAUUUGGCUUAUAAUCACAAGCUUCUUUCAUCUGUGAUCAGCUCCUUCAUUCUCCUGACCUUAAUGUUUGAUUCAGGGGUGAUAUAGUAAGGAGAAAUUAGAUGCCAGUCACUCUUUGGGGUAAAAGAGUUAAAAGUUAACGUUGAUUUACAUUUCUUUUCAUUUAUGUUUUUAGCUGCAACUGCUGCAGUAGAGGGGAAGAUGGGUAAGAGUCUUAAAAAAGUCUUAAAGAAAAUUGUUGCCAAAGACAUUCACCAAGAAUUGGCUGUGGCUGAUGCUAAGCUGGGAGGUGUCAUCAAGGUGAGAAACCUUUUUAAUGAUGUACAAUUUUUUCUCUCUAGUUUUGAGUGGUGUUUUAAAAACAAAUUGUGUAUCCCUGUAAUUCUUCUAAUGUAAAAAAAGUAGAUGCAGUGGUCAUUUUUUAAAGAGUACAAGUUUUCAAGUUUAUCUGCCUGCUCAGUAUAUUUUUGUACUGGCCAGAUUUUCAGAAUCCCUUCAAUUCAAGGAAUUUAUAAGUUUCCUCUUUUCUGAGCAUCAGGUCAUCUGUGGUUCACGUAGAAUUAACCCUUCAAACCCUAAGAGCGACCAGCAUCUUAUUUCUCCUUACAAUAUCACUACUGAAUCACACAUUAAGGUCAUGGGAAUAAGGGAAAUGAUCAUCAACUAAAGAAACUCUUGAUUGUUAGACAAAUUCUCCUUGUCAGCAACUUAGUAAAUGUACAGAGAACAGUAGGGAGAAUAUGAAUACUGAUGUUAGGGUGUAAAGGGUUAAGAGUUACAUAUUAGUAAGAAUUUUUGCCAUGUCUUUUUGUUCUUUAGGAGAAGCUUAGCUUGAAUUGUGUCUCCAGCUCAGCAGUUCAAGAGCUCAUGCGAGGAAUAAGGCUACAGCUUGAAAGUCUUAUCACAGGUAUUCAACAAAUACACACCAUUUCUUCAACAGCUGCAUACUUACCCAUAAAAUUUGCAUACAUUAAUGUAUUCAAACCAAUACAUUAAUAUUGUAAUUGUAAAGUACUCUUUGAGAUCUGCUCGUAAUGACAACCUUGGUGAACCAUUUGCAAAGAAGCAUUUGCUCGAAAAUAUGUUGAUGUUUUGAGGGGAAAUUCCAAGUUGGUCAUUCCAGAGAGUGAAAGGGUUAAUUCCUUAAAUUUCCUUUUCAACAUUUUAGGUCUUCCAAAUAAAGAAAUGAGUGCUAUGGCCUUGGGAUUAGCACACAGGUUUGGUUUUUUUAAAUUGAAUUCUCCAUUUUAAUAUCCAUGUCUGCUUUUUUUUUUUUUAUCGAAAAACCAGUCGUCCUUUUUUUUUGUUUACUCUUCUUAACAAAGUUCUGUUAUCUGAUAUAGCUUGUCUCGUUAUAAGCUGAAGUUCAGUCCAGACAAAAUUGACACCAUGAUUGUCCAGGCGAUAUCUUUACUGGAUGACCUUGACAAAGAACUGAACAACUAUGUGAUGCGUUGCCGUGAGUGGUAUGGCUGGCAUUUUCCUGAACUAGGCAAGAUUGUCACAGACAACCUGGCCUAUGCAAAGACUGUCAAGACUAUGGGUAAGGGUUAUUAUGACAUAAUCUUGUUUUUUACUGCAUUGGAACAAGGCACAUAGGACUUUGGUUUUUUUUCUUUCAUUUUUGUGCCUGGGAAACCAUGCUUGCCUUAUUCAGGGGAGAAGUGAGGGAUUUUGUUUGGCCUUAGAGGGUGUGUGUCAUACAGGAUGUGGUCUUUAAGAUCUUGAUUUGUAAGCCUUAAGGGUAAUUACAGCAAAUUGCAAGAGAAGUCAUGUUAUUACUUGUUAAUAAUGUACAUGAAAAGACAUCACAGUAAGUUAAGAUAGGCAAAAUUUGAAAGUGAGUGUGCACUAUUUGUAUUUACACUUGCGUUACAACUUGGCACAUGUUUUACACGAUAAUGUACUGGUUUUCAGCCAAUCAGAAGCAUGUAUUUUUUUCAUGUACAUUGUUAUGUUUGAAAAGCAUAAUUAUUAUAUUUCUGGACCAGAUGUCUCAAAUAGAGAGUGUAUGUUACUAGUGCACUUUCCACCAAUUACCCACCAAUUUUUUUUCUGAUAACAUUCCAAGUUUUAUGUCAAGGUCAAUGUGCCAAAACCCACAUGAAUUUUGAUGAGAAGUGAGAAAUUUUAGUCCUUCUUAGCAAGUUGAGAUUUCAGCCAAGGUAAUGGAAAGAAAAUUAUCAGCUAUCAAAAUAGAAAAGGUGCAGUCUCUUGCACUAGUUUUUCCUAGAAACUGGGGUGGAGUAUGCCUUUGGGAAGAUUUCUAUCCCUCUUUCACAAAGAUCUCAUGAUCUUGUUAACCAGCUUAACUUGUUUUCUAACAUUUACACAUAAGAAUUUUUACAGAAGAGAGUUUGCUAAGGCAGGAUUUCAUAAAUCAGCCCAGGCUGGUUGACAAGAGAAAAGCCAAUUAUUUCAUGAUAAUUAUCUUAAGCUUUGGAUACCUUAGGAUUUAGUUUGUGUCAUGUUCAUGAUCAUUGUUGUUUCAUAUUUUCCAGGCACUCGUUUAAAUGCUGAUAAAACUGAUUUGUCUGAGAUUCUGCCUGAGGAAGUUGAGGAGGAAGUCAAAGCUGCUGCAGAGAUCUCCAUGGGAACUGAGGUGGGAUUGUACAGCUUGGAUUUUCUACCAUUUCAAAUAUAGGACUCUGCUUUUUUUCACAUGGAAUGCCCAGUAUCUUUGCUCUAUUCACAUGAAACUUAACAACCCUGCUUGAAUUUUAACCUUUUAACUUUAUUGAUAGUUUUACCAACUUUCAUUGCACAGAGUGCUGGUUUACCGAAUUCAAAACAAUAUUUUCUAGCUGAGCUGUUACACAUUUAUGCAACCACACCUUAGCUGUGGAGAAAUUUAGAUGGUGUUCACAUUGUGCUGGUUAUAUUUUUCACUGACCUGCCUGACAUUUCAUAUUCUUGGUUUGAUAUCCAAAUGUUUCAACAGCUAGGCAUCCAUAUUUUGGUAUGGUCAUCAUGGUUCACAAUGGAACACUUAAAUUCACAAAUUUUCAACAAGAAUUACUGAAUUUGCUCACUACCAAGUGAAAGUAACCUGAGUUGUAUAUGAAGGUUUUUUAACACAAAAAAAAUCAAUUGCUAAAUUUUGUGAGCUGACGUUUGUGACUGUGUUUCCUUCUAGAUCUCUGAGGAGGACAUGAAUAAUAUCAUUUACCUCUGUGAUCAGGUAUUACAUGAAAUAUAGGCGUGUUUUCAAACCAACAGCUUACCUGAAAAAAUUAUCCAUUCUAUGAGUUGUUUCAUGAACACUUUUCAUUGCAAUUUUCAGAUCAUUGAAAUGACUGAUUACCGUGCUCAGCUGUAUGAUUACCUCAAGAAUCGAAUGACAGCUAUUGCCCCAAACCUGACUGUGCUUGUUGGAGAGCUUGUUGGUGCCAGACUAAUUGCACAUGCAGGUGAAUUGAAAUAACUUUUUUUGUCAUUUGCAACAGGGGUAAGGGGUCUGGAGUCCUUCUGAAGCAUCUUUGACAUUUAAGGGCAUGUGGGACUGUGCUCAGUAAUCACUGACACUUAGAAAACCAUGAACACCAAAAUGAUAUUUGGAAAUUUUUGUUCAUUGUCUGAGAAAAUCAAUCAGGCAAAGGAAAAUGAAACAUGAAUGAUAUUUAGUUUGUGGUUUUGAUGUUUGGUGGCCUGUGAGGAGCUUUUUUGUGAUUGGUUAAUACAUAAUUCACCUUUUGGAAUCUAAUCGAAAUAUUUAUCUUACCGUAACUGUUUGCGACCAAGAUGAAAAUCACUUGUACCUUCAUUCCACUUCCUUUCACAUGCAUGUCAUGACAAUAAGUGACAGCUGUGAUUCUUUCAGAUUUAUAUUUUUUGUGUAAUACAUGUUGCCACUUAUACAAAAUUGGAUCACUGUUUUACAGGGUCACUUCUAAAUUUAGCCAAGCAUCCAUCGUCAACAGUUCAAAUCUUGGGUGCAGAGAAGGCAUUGUUCAGGUUAGUAAUGAGCACAGGGGAGCAGCAAGGGAUUUUGUGUGGCAUUGAAGGAUGUGUCAAACAGGAUGUGGUUUUUAAGGUCUUGGGUCUUAAAAGGGUGUAUGAUUUGUAAGGGUAAUAACAUGACUUUGAGUGCACAUCUAUCAAAGGAGAACUUCUAGCUGUUAAACAUUUACACUCUAACAUUAGUAUGCAUAUUCUCUAUACUGUUCUCCAUACAUUUCCAACAGGCUGACAAGGAGAAUUUGUUUAACAAUCAAGAGCUGCUCUUGUUGGUGAUCAAUUCUCUAUUCUCAUGACUUUCAUGUUUGAUUCAGGGGUUAUAUACUAAGGAGAAAUUAGAUGCUUGUCAUUUUUAGGGGCUAAAGGUUUAAAAGAAAAAAAAAAGAAAGAAAGAAAGCCUGGUCCAGAAUCUCAUAAUACCAUAGUUGCAAUGUUUUUUUUUCUUUUUUAAUCUUUGUUUUUUUGUUUUGUUUUAAACAGAGCACUAAAAACAAAACGUGAUACUCCCAAAUAUGGUCUGAUCUUCCAUGCGUCGCUUGUGGGUCAAACAAAUCCAAAACACAAAGGAAAGGUUUGUGAAUAUUUGUGAAAAUAAAGACCUAUUUCCUUUCAUGUAAAUUUGACUACGAUCACGAGGCCUUUACGGAAAACCUGUUCGGGGGGAUGCGGGGGCUGGGAGAUACUCACCCUACUCCACCCAGAUUUAGAAACCCUUUCAUCUAUUUGUACGUUCUUCAGCACGCAGAAUUGUUUUGUAAAAUGAGGGCCAGCAAAACACCGUUUCUAGAGAGAUUCAUGCUCGUAUGGUCGCGUACUUACGGUUGUCAUGAUUUUUUCCACUUAGAUAGUUAUCCGAAUGUCUUAUUUUUUUUUGUCUUUUACUGUGACAGAUUUCUAGAAUGCUAGCGGCCAAGGUGUCCCUUGCAGCACGAGUCGAUGCCCUGGGAGAAGACAGUGGAACGGCCAUGGGGGUUGAAAACAGAGCAAAGCUUGAAAUGAGGUUGAAGGCACUUGAAGAAAAUCAGGUAAUAAACCGGUUUCCUAUUUUCCCGCGUUUGACAGACAUUGCAUGGCUUACCGCGUUUUCCAACCGCUAUUGGAGAUCAUUUGGACAUUUAGUUUAAAGGCUUACCCUCUAAAGGCUUCCAAAUUUCAUAUCGCAUGGUUACAAGUCCGACUUCUGUUAAGAAUAUUCCGAAUUUUUUUUCAGCUUAGGACCACAAAUGUUUUGGUAUAAAUCCAUGUUUCCGCGUUGCGCUAAAUUCUGGGAGAGGAAUUCCCUUCCUUUUUUUAUGGGUGUCGGAUCGUUUGAAGCUGACAGAAACUCAUAAGAAAAUCAAUUUCCAUAUCACUAAAUGAAUGAUAUUCUCUCUUUAGCUGAGAAAAAUCAGUGGUACUGGCAAGGCCAAAGCAAGAGUAGACAAGUACGAAAACAAAAGGUACUAAUUGCAACCAAUUAAUUAAUUUAUCUUCCCUCAUGUUAUUCAAGAAGCACAAGGUGGACCCGAAAGUUAAUGGACCUCGCGCGUGAUUCGUGAAUUCUGCGCGCUCCAUUUUCCCUCGCGCGACUAACACGCAAAUCUUGCACGCACGUGACUUCUUAAAUUUUUGUCCUCGCAAGUCUUAUUUCAAAUGCUCAUUUAUAAUCGCUUUUUUUUUCUCUCCUCAGCCUUGUAAUGUCGUACAAUCCGGCUACUGACUCGACCAUCGCCACACCAGGAAAGAAACGGAAGAGAUCAGAAGAAAAUGGAGAUUCGACACCAGGCGACAGCGUCCCAGUUACGCCGAGCACGCCUGUAACAGAGGAAGGUGUGUGGUUCGAUUCUUUUAAAUAUCUUGUUUGGUGUAGAUAACUGGGGAAGGUAAAGUUUUUUACUCCGUUCAAGCUACCGUUAGCACAAAGUUCGGCUUUCAAGUGAAAGCUAUCCUGAAUUAAGGUUGUGCUUGUCAGAAUAUUAGACAAGGAGCGCUAACCUAGGACAUACUGAGUGAUAUUUGUGUCUAUAAAACUUGAAUAGGGGGUUGGGACUCAAAUACACCCAAGAGCUUUCUCCCCCCCUCUUGUCAGCUGUGCUAUGAGAAUAAUGGGUAUUACUUGCUUUUCUUCGUUGUCGGUUGUGUUGCCCCAUGUGUUAUGCUAAAAAAUUAUUUAACCUAGCUAACUGAUGAUAUUCAUGUUGCCUUAACGCAGUCGACGGGGAGACGCCGGCUAAAAAGUCAAAGAAAGAAAAGAAAAAAAAGAAGAAGAAGAACGAAGAAUCUAAAGAUGAAGACGACGAAGAACAAUUGGAGACCUCCGCGGCUGUGGUGAGAAAUAAGUCUUUCGACUGGUGUAGAAAUAAUCUUGUUUCGGAGUUGAAGGACUUUUUGUUUAGGGGUGGGGGGAGGGGAGGGAAGUGAAGAGCUCGGUAACUAUAUCAAACUUUUCAUGGAAGGCUUAAUUCUGACAAAUUUUCAUUCUAAGAGCUUCAUUGGACCAAUCACGUGGAACAAUUAAGAAUAGCUCUUGUAGCAGUGGGUAAAUAAAGAAAUGCAAACCGUAAAUGUCUAAUUCCCCUCAAAACCCAACGGCGUUUGUUUUCUGUAAAUGAACUUUACAUUUUGUACGAAUCGAAGCACACGAGACACUGAAACAUGAGACCCCACAAAGGGCUCACAUAACAAAGACUAAAGUUGCGAAAUCCUACAAACAUUCCUUAACCACCGACUAUAUUGUCACGCAAUUCUAAGUCACACAAGUCCUAGUUCACUCUGUCACACUCUCGUUUGGUGUAAUAUUUCUUGCUAACUCAGUUUAAAUUUUAACUUAAAUGUAAAUGAUCUACGUGACUUGUGUACCAUUUCAGACCCCGAAGAGCGAAGAAAAGAAGAAGAAGAAAAAGAAGAAAGAAAAAAAGGAGGAAGUCUCGGAUUAA